CGUGUUCGCCGUCAGUGGGCGGCGUCAAAUACGUUUUACGUGAACGUGUACGUCUCUCGUCAACUUCCGGUGAAGAUGGCCGAGUUGUGAUUGUAGAAAGAGACUCCGCUGGAAUUUGAUUUUUUUUUUCGUUUAAAUUGUUUCAGUGACACUUUCUUAAGGUUUGCUGUCGGGUGUUUGUUUCGUUGUAGUUUUGAAUUAUUUCUGUGGAUUGAAAUAAUCGCACGAUACACAACCCGCUGUCAUGGCGAGUGCAAUGGAAUCAGAGGAGCAGGCGCGGAUUCGGUUCCAGCUCGAGUUGGAGUUUGUACAGUGCCUGGCUAACCCCAAUUACCUCAACUUCCUUGCCCAGAGAGGCUAUCUGCAAGAGAAGCCGUUUGUGAACUACCUGAAGUAUCUGCUGUACUGGAAGGACCCGGAAUAUGCCAAGUACCUGAAGUACCCGCAGAGCCUACACAUGCUGGAGCUGCUGCAGUACGAGCAUUUCCGCAAGGAGCUGGUGAACGGGCAGUGUGCCAAGUUCAUCGACGAGCAGCAGCUCCUGCACUGGCAGCACUACUCCCGCAAGCGCAUGCGCAUGCAGCAGGCCCUGGCGGAGCAGCAGCAACAGAGCAACGCAGCGCCCAAGUGAGCGGGGUGCAGUGCGGCUCCCGUCGGAGCUAAAGGACCUUUUAGGGUGUCAUUGUGAGGCGUGGGACACUCCACCCCAGGGGGAGUGACCAGCCUGUGUGGUUUUGAUCGAGGGACUGCUGUGAUACCAGCGAUUCACUUCACCAACUCCGAGAUUACAUUGACUUGAUCUCUGGUCCGCCUUGGGGCUUUGAGCCACAAGCCGAGGAGUUUAGAAAGAUUCCAGAAUUGGAGAAAAUGGAUCCGAUCCACACAGUCCCUCGGCUCAAGCCACACCCUCGCCACUCCAGGGGUCCUUUCCUCUGGUGGGAACUAGCCUCCGCCGUGGACGAUGGAGAGGGUGCCACAGGGCAGCCCAGAAACCUCUUUUCCCCACAGUCCCUUUCAAACUGCAGCCAAACCCUCCGGCUACUGAAGCCUGCUACAGUACCUUCCACACUGCAGACCCAGAACCUGGUUCCUUGUGGAGCGUAGUUUCAUGGAUCUGCUGCAAACACACCUUUAACGUGGAGCGUGAAGGCGAUGGGAACGUUGUGAAUGCCUGUUGCAGACAGGACCCCCUCGGAGUGCAUCAAGGGGCGUGUUGUUAUCCUGUUUGUGUUCUUAGUAAACCACUUUCAUUUUA